AUGACACAUAGACAGAAACAACAUAGACAACUUGGAUCGUCAAGAUUAUCAUUGUUGUUGGUUUUAGUGGUAGGACUGCUCUUUGUUGCAUACACUUCACAGUGGCAUCCAUUUGUUGAUGCUAGCACUACUCCACUCUCAGAUUCUGAACUAUCUGAUACUUCAAUCAUACAAGACAACAACAACAACAACAACCCUAUACAACAACAACAACAACAAAUUGAUGACACACCAGAGACGAUAGCACCAUUGAAUCCCGAUGACGAGUCUCACCGGAAACAACAACAACAACAAGACCCUCCUCCUCCUCCACCACCAACAAAGAAAGAAGAAGAACAAAAAGACAAAAUAAUAGAUGAUAUUACAUACGAAGAAGAAGAAGAAGAGGAGGAAGAGGGAGAGAUAGAACUAAACACUGAUACUACUGGCAUAAUUCAAGAUGAAGUUACAACCCAACCCGAACAACAAGAAAAAGAAUCUACAAAUAAUAAUAAUGAUAAUGAUAAUAAUAAUGAUAUCAAUCAACUUGAAGAAGAAAAGAAACCAACCAAGACGAUAGAACCAACAACAAAUAAUAAGGAGCUGGAUAAAAAGAAAGAGGAAGAACAAACAACAACAAAAAUUAACGAUGACCAAAUAGAAAAGAACAAAGAGGAAAUUACAUCAACCAAAGAACUAUUGGAAAAAGAAGAAAAAGAUAAACCAAUCAUUGAUGAUACUACGCCUAAAGGGAAUGAAAAGGACGGUACUACUACUACAUCUCAACCAAUCACCGAUAAUAAUACAGUCGAAAAGAAAGAACCAAUCAUCGGGGAAAAUGAAGAGGAACCAACAACCAACAACAAAAAUGAACAAGAUCAAAAUACUGGUAGACCAAUGACAAAUAUUACUACAGUCAUUGAAGAAGUUCAUAAACAAAUAGAAAGAGAAAGAUUGGAAAAUGAAUUAAAAGAAAGAAAAGCUCAAAAAGCAGAACAAUUAGCACAACAACAAAUAUUAACAAUAUCUGAUAAAGAUGAUGAAGAAGAAGACCAACAUAAUCCAAUUAUAAAUGAUACCUAUCCAACAACACCAUUACCAAAGAAACCUGAAGAUUUACCAAAUCAAUUCAACUAUGCAUCGGCAGAAUGUGGAGCAACAGUAUUGGCAACAAACAGAGAAGCAAGAGAAGUUAGUAGCAUUCUACAUUCAUCAAAGGAUCGAUACAUGUUGAAUGAAUGUGGUACAGAUCAAUGGUUUGUCAUUGAAUUGUGUGAAGAAAUUGGAAUCCAAAUCAUCGAAUUGGCUAACUAUGAAUUCUUUUCAUCCAUGUUUAAAACUUUUACAGUCUAUGGUUCACAACAAUACCCGAGUAUGCAAUGGGAUAGUCUUGGUAAUUUCACUGCCAACAACGUUAGAAAACCACAAUAUUUUGCACUUAAAGAAAAAUAUUGGUACAAAUAUAUUAAAAUUAAAUUUUUGACACAUUAUGGUAAUCAAGUUUAUUGUCCAAUUUCAGAUAUUAAAGUUUAUGGUUCGACGAUGGUUGAAGAUUUAAAGGCGGGUAUGGAGAAUGAUAUAAAUAUGCAGAAAAUUAUUGAAGAACAAUUACAUGGAAAAUUACAUUAUCAUGGAACACCUGGUACAGUAGGUGGUUCAGCAUCAAUAUCAAACAAAGGUGAUUCUACCAAUCAAAACUUUGAAACAACUGCUGGCAUGUUAAAGAAUCUUAUCGAUAUAUUUAAAAAGACACAAAAACAACAACCUGUAUUUUAUCAUCCACCUCCUCAAACAACUACCAGUGCAACUGAAGAAGAAGACCAAAUAUCUCAAAUUACAGAAAUGUAUGAACAACAAUCUCAAAAGAAUCCUGAAAGUAUUUUUAAAACUUUAGCAAAUAGAGUUAAAUCAUUGGAAAUUAAUCAAUCAAUUUCAAAUAGAUAUUUGGAAAAAUUAGAGGCAUUUUAUUCUGAAACCAUUCAAUCAAUUAGAGAUGACUUUAAUAGGUUAUCUGAAUUUUUUGAAAAAAUGGCAUACCUUGGUGCAGAUUUGGAAAAGAGAAUAGCAAGGGAAAAGGAAGAAGUAGAGGUAAAGAUUGCCAGGGAUUUUUCAAAGGAAAUCAAUUAUCUCCGUGAGAGAAUUAUUAGAAUGGAACAAAAGAAUGAAGAUGACAAAAAUUAUUAUCUUAUGCUUUUGUUGGCCACUGUCAUUGGAACAGUAUUCUUGUCGUAUAUGAUUAGUAAAUCAAACAAUAUUGUAGCCACAACAAUUGGAACUAGUAGUGCUGUUCUUAGUCAAGCCUACGAACAUGUCUUGUCUCCCAAAUUUUCAUUAAAACAUAAUCGUCGAAAUUCUUUAAAUGUAAAUCAAACCUAUCAACAACAUCAACAAAAUGGAGUACAAUCAUCAUCAUCAUCAUUGUCAAAUUCAAUUACCUCUCCACCUAUAAUGUCCAAUGGUAGUGGUGAUCAUUUUCAUCAUAAAGAAAGUAAUGGACAUCUUCAUUCUUUACCAUUAUUAGAUGUAUCUCUUUCAUCUUCAUCUACACCACCAAUAUACCAAAAUAAUGAUAACAAUAAUAAUGGUGGAUACAAUCGAAAAAAGAAAAAGAAAAAUAAACAAUAUUAA